AUGGUCUCUGCCUACGCUCUUUUCACACACCCUAUCCCCUCUUCUUCUUCUUCUUCUUCUUCCUCCUCCAUUGAUUCUCCAUUAUCGUACUCACUAACUCCACCAUCCUUUGCAACCUUCCGCAACCAUGAAUGGUCUUCUUCUCUACUAAAACUCGCUAAAACCCCAAGACCCCGACCAAACUCGUUACUGACCCAGCUGGGUCUCCUCCUCCCCAGUUCACAGUUUCUCCUCCAAUGCAGUUCCAAUCCAGUCACCGCCGACAUAGGGACGGUGUUCUCGCUGUUACAAGCAGUUGGAAUCGAUGACAAAGAGACAAAACAGCUGUUGGAGAAGAACCCGGCUUUGGUUUUUGCAUCAUUGGAUUCGUUACGAGCUCGGAUUGAGUGUUUCAAUUCAGUUGGGCUUGAUGGGCUUGUGCUUUCCAAUUUGAUCACCAAAUGUCCAAACUUGUUAACUGCUGAGGAGAUUGAUCCUUUUUUGAGCUUUGUCCGUCAUGAUUUGGAGGGCAACAUUGAGCCGGGGCAGCUGAAGAGGCUUUUCCGGGCAGCAGAUGUUAGAUUCUUGGCGGGAUUUGAUGACAAGGUUGGAUUGCUUCUUCGCCGCGGAGUUUCGGAUGAGAAGAUUGUUGAUGUUCUCAAUAAGGUGAAUUUGUACAAGGCAUUGUGUCUCAAGUCAGUUGAGGAGAUCGACAGGACUAUCACAUUCGUGAGCCGCUUUGGUGGGAUUGAUUUGAUUAUGAGGCGGCCAUCGUUACUGAACUAUGACUUGGAGACUCAGCUGGCUCCGAGAGUUGAGUUUCUGACUGAGGUUAGUGGUGGAGAUGAGAAUGCCACCGGGGUUUUGUUAGGUAAGCUCCCUGCGAUUUUGAGCUACACUGUGGAUCACACUAAAGGCCAUGUAGAGUUGUUGAGGUCGUUUGCUGGUUUAAGUGAUGAGCCGAUUUUCAAGAUAUUGCUUGUUUUCCCCAAUGUGGUUAGUGCCAGCAGGGAGAGGAAAAUGCGUCCGAGGAUUAAGUUUCUGAAGGAAUGUGGGUUGAGUUCGAAUGAUAUCUACAAGUUUUUGAUCAAGGCUCCAUUGUUUUUAGGCUUGUCGUUUGAAGACAACAUUGCAUAUAAGCUUGUGUUUUUGGUGAAGAUUGGGUACAGAUAUAGAACAAGGGACAUGGCAGCCGCAAUGGGAUCUGCCACCAGAACAAGCUCUGAUAAUUUGCAAAGGGUGAUUGAGUUGUUCUUGGGUUAUGGUUUUUCUUGUGCCGACAUUGUUGUCAUGAGCAGGAGGCAUCCUCAGAUACUACAGUACAGUCAUAGUGCUUUGGAGAAGAAGAUGCAGUACUUGAUUAAUGAUAUGGGUCGUGAAAUCGAAGAGUUAUUAGCCUUCCCCGCAUUCCUUGGUUACAAACUUGAUGACAGAAUUAAGGCCAGGUAUGAAGUGAAGAGGAAGAUUUUGGGGGAAGGAAUGUCACUGAAUAAGCUCUUAACUGUUUCAUCCGAGAGUUUUACUCCGAAAACUCCGGCAUAUGUAAUUGAUCUGAACGUGGAAUGAAAGUUCAGUUCAUUUAGCUGCCUCACUAUGACUUGUACCUUUUGCUUCACGAAGCACCAAUCAAUGUGUCUUUGAUUCUUUACGAUGUUGUUAUUUCAAUUUCUCCCACGGCCAUUCUUUGUUUUCUAUUGAUGUUAUGUUAGUUAGCAUUAGGAUACCAAGAACAAGAAAAAGAAGGAA